AUGCUACAGACUUUAGGUCAUGCCUCCGGCAACGAUGCCAAGCAUGCCUGUGUCAGCAAGGAGCUCGCUUCUGUCACUGAGCUGUCGGGGAAGGCUGAAACUGUCAUCGCCUGGCUGUCAGAGGAUGGACUUGUGCUGGUGUUUGACUGGCUGACCGAGUUGAAGGAAGAUUGCAAAAGGCUGGCCUUGGACGUUGCCGGCUCAGACGAUUGUUCUGCAACAUCUCUGGCAUGGAUACCAGAUCUUGGUGUUGAAGGCAACCCACUGCUUUGUGUUGGAUUCGCGCAUGGUGGUGUCAGCCUGUUCUCACACAAAGCAGUUGUUCUCUUCUCGUUCCUGGUGUCUCCGACUGCUAUCCUUCGAGUUCGAUACUGCAUCUCGCGACAGCCCACAGAGGAUGCCAUGCAGAUGCCGGGCGCCAGUCUUAUGCUCCUCCACGAACACGGUCGCGUCGUCGUGAUAGAGGCAGAGGGAAUCCGGAAGGUGGCAACCGAGCAGCUUCCCGAUCCGGAGGACCAUCCCCUUGAAGCUUUGAGAUUUUCUGUCUACGACCUUCGUGGGCGUGCCGGCAUCACUGAUGCCGUUCUCCUGCCUGAUGCAAGACUACUGGAGGACCCUUUUGCCAUCAAGCGAUGUGAAGACACGAUGAGUGUAGUCGCCCUGGGCUCGCAACCGUUCCUGUCCAUGCACAGCCUCCGACACACGGCAAGCAGCUCAGGAGGCCCUGGCAGAUCGCUGCUGGGAACUGCGUCCGUCUUUUUGGGUCUUGGAAGCUAUGCAAGGUCCUGGGUGACCUCGCGCAACACGAGUAGUGGCCAUCCCCAGCGAGACCGAGGAGCGAUUCUGAAAAUCGCGGGCUUCGCACAGGCGAGCGAGAUCCAGGCAGCUCCUCGCCUGAGCACGGAGCUGCCUGUCGCGGCCAAGUUCAUUGACGCCUCGAGACAGGGGGAGGUCCUCAUACCGGCACCCUGGAACUCAAGCGACUCAACAAGACUGGCUGCAACCUGCGAUGCUUACGGCCGCGUGUCUCUGUUCUGCCUGGAGUCCCUUCGAUGUCUUCACUUGUGGAAAGGCUACCGGGAUGCGCAAGUUGCGUGGGUUUCUGCAAGCCGUGAGAAGGCAGUUGCAGGAGAAGGCCAUGAACAUCACAACAAGGACCACACAAGACCAGACUUGCCGGGCUUAGUGAUCUAUGCCCCGCGACGAGGGUUGCUUGAGCUGUGGCAUCUUUGGUCGCCGGCUGGUCCCAAGCGCCUCGCUGCCAGCUGUGUUGGUUCGGACUGCGUUCUCUUGUCGCAAGGUGGUCGUGCAUACCUUUGGUGGCAAAGCGGCAAGAUGGAUCGAGUCCUCUGGCCCGCCGCGGGAGCUGCGACUCCUCCGAGCAUCGAUCCAGAUAGCGAUGCUUUCGAUUCUGCAGACAGUCAGGACACAUGCUGA